UUUGGGUUAAUGUCGGCUAGCUGAUUCAGUAGGUAGCAUUGAUGGUCAUCCAUUCGAUCCUCCGCGCUUCCGUGACCAGGGAUGUGAUCAGUCAAUGGUGGCUUUCCAUCGUCAAAAACCAUUGGUCGUGUGCUUUCAUAGAGGAAUCUCUCUAUCUUCUUGUCGAUGAUAGCUGCAUAUCUGUGGGUCCAUUGUCUCACUCUGAGCGGAGUGAAGGUUCCCAUCCAGCACAAAUGAUUCCAUUGUUAGCCUGGAGAAUAAACUCUUUGGCUGAAACAUGCAGAUAGAGGCGUCGGGAGUUGAAACAUGCGCCCAAUGCAGCAAAGGACCACAGUAUCCGAACAGCAUAGAGCCUGUGUCAGUCGAGAGAAUGUUCGCCUGUUGUCAACGUAGAAAUAAACACUGUAUCCAUGUGGAUGGCACCGUUCUGGCGGUACCGGCAGUUUCCAGCAUACCUAACGCGGAGUACUGCUCGCAUGUAAUCAGUACUAUAUGUAGACAUCCCUUCAGAGACCCCGCAACCGACGUAUUACGGAACAUAUACUCUUUUCACGCAUUGAUGCCGAGAGCCGGGAUUGGGUUAAUAAAGCCAUUACCCGUAGGCUUUCGGCCAACUUCCGUCCUGCUGCCAUAUUGUAGUAUUACCUCUGUUUCUUGUGGACAGAUGGACUCCAUCCAGAGCGUCACCGAACGAUUGAUGGCCAGGGAUGCCGCCCCGCAAGCAUUCCCCGAUCUGGAUUCGAUAUAUAUAUAUACCUAAGUAAGAGCCUCUGAUCACAAGUCCUAUAAUGAGACAUCAGCUCGACGUUCGAACCGACGCCCCGGACGAGGCCGCGUACGAGAUAGACGCCAUGGACACAUGACGAAGAUCAUACCAAGCUAUCCCCUAAGAUAUGGGCUGAGCAGCCGUGGCCGUCUACAGUGGCACGGUCUAGCUCU